AUAAUUACACGCGUGAAAAGAGUUCUCUCUCUCUCUGUGGUGACUGUAAUUACUGUGUAACUCUGAUGUUAUUUAAAAUGAUGGUCCAAUCAAAGGCAGAGGCUGUUACUCCAAUCUGUCACUUGAUCUCAGCCUCUGACAGCGGCAGUGUCAGCCUCCCUUUUCUCUUCUCACACAUGAGCAGCAAACCGGAUUAUUGACAGCACAUUUACAGAAGGUAAAGCUGCGUAUUAUGGAGAUAAUUUACAUAAUCAACCCACUAAUGGUUUUGUUCCUCUGCGUCUCUGUGCAGUCAUUUGUGUGGGCAAGACAAUCCAAGAAAAUACAAUAUCAGAAGGGCACACCUCCUGGACUUUGUGAUGGUACAAAAUUACUGAAGCUAUUUACAUUUUUCCACAGCACCACUGUAUGACAAGCUGUGGUAGCAGCGUUGCCUCACAGCAGCAGCAGCAAAGCAGCAGGCCAAUAAAAAAGGGAAAUACAGUCAGGAGCCAGGCAGGCUUUUCCCCUGAGAGCCGCACGCACCCACAGAGUGUGAGGACUCCUGCUUAGGGCAGGGUUUCCUGCUCCACACAGACACUCAGUGAAUUCACCUUUUAGAGAGAGACACUUUGCAAAGCCCUCUUAUUGGAGGACAGGACCCCGUCUUGUCUCUGUGUGCUCUCAGGCCCAUUCAGACACCAACAGACUUACAAAGCGCCAUUGAGGACAAGCAGACAGGACUGAGUCUGAGGGGUGGUAGAAAACAGCCCAGUGUUUUUAGGCUCGCGGUACGUUAAGGACAAAAAUAUCUCGAAGGAAAAAGAAAUCUGUGUGACUCUUUUAGAGCUUUUUUUUUAAGGUCAGUGCAUCACUUUAAAAUCUCAUUUCAACCCAAACUGAGCCUCGUUUUUAUUUUCUCUCAGCAAGUUUCUCCACAUUAUGUAUUUUGUCGUUUGUGUCUCGAUGUUUGUUCUUUGGGUAUUUUUCAGCAAAAGCAGGCAAGAAAAAGCAAACUCUACAUAUUUAUUAAUGUCAGAAUGUCAGAAUCAGGAACCCGGCCUUAGAAACAUACGACGGUAAGAACGGGACAUUUUUUCAAUCAGCAGGAUUUCUUCCCAUUUGAAAAAACUGCAUGUUUGUAUGAACUCUUAAUAAGAAACGGGAAACUGUGAAGGGCUUUGACUCUUAACUCUGCUUGUGUUGGCUCACUGUGUGGAUUAUGCACACAGCCACACUGGCACAAACUCACACACACUUAAAUAAACAGAGUAUGCAAGUCUUCUAGUUGCAUGCACAACUGAUUUGCCCGCUGCACCGUCUUCAGUUGCAAGUGUUUGAGAGGAACCCAGUCGGCCUCACUGCGAGGCUUCUGUGUGUUUGGUUUGUAUGGUCUGUCAUGGUUCGGACUCCGCUUGGCCCUUGAUCCCCAAGGAACCUGUUUCUGACACGGACCUGGGGAAUGCCGGGUGCCCAGGCUUUCAGCUGUGAGAGGGGCUGCGUGCAGACAAGGAGCCUAGGUGUGAAGACGAGGAGGAUGACGACAUAAGCGGGACGCUAGAAGGGAGGAUCUUUACCUCAGCACGGGAUACACAUCACUAGCUUCAUCAGUCUGCAGUGGGGUUGCAUUUUGCCAUCACAGGUUUAUGAAAUGUCACUUUGACAUCAGUCUUCCACACAACUUCAUGGAGUCAAUGCUCCAUAGAUAUGUUUUCAGGAAAGGUCCCCGGUUACUUUUCAGACAUGAAGGUGACUUUACUAUAGAAAUAAAGUUAUUCUUAUUAUCGUGUUCAGAUGACAUCGACUUCAUGGAAAGGAGUGCACGUCUGAAAGGAGUGUCAGUUUGUGUUUUUGUGGUUUGUCCCUUCCAGCGUCCCCCACCACCAGCCUCCUUGUCCAGAGGGAACAGUUCCCACCUCUGUGAGCACCUGCAGGCCAGGCCUGCUCUGUCCUCUCUCCUUCCUGCAGGCUUCGGUGCACCUGGGAAUGCAAACUGCCAGUGUAGGUGUUUUAUAGGAAGUGGGUGUAUGCUCAGGCUUUCUCUCGCUCUCUGCUGCCAGGUCACCCUCAAACAUUACAAAACAUAACAGCGACCACACACUGCAGGAUCCAAGGCACACAAUACGACUGAGUCAGAAUCAGUUUUUGAAUUUGAGAAACGACUCUUUGUUUUGGCUCUUAAUAAGAACUACUGGAAGGGAAAAUUCCCCAUAUCCAGACGUUUUUUGGCUUUAGGAAACACUAGGCUGAGCACUAGAGGAGGUUUUUAGACCUGCUGCUGUGUUUCAUUUUGUUACAACAACUUAACUCUUCCUUCCUACCCUGCCCGACCCUCUACUACACAGGUGUCCAACUCCAGGCCUCGAGGGCUGUCCUGCAGGGUUUAGACGUGUCCUUGAUCCAAAACAGCUGAUUUAAAUGGCUAAAUGACCUCAACAUGUCUUGAAGUUCUCCAGAGGCCUGGUAAUGAACUAAUCAGUUGAUUCAGGUGUGUUGACUCAGGGCGAGAUCUAAAACCUGCAGGACACCGGCCCUCAAGGCCUGGAGUUCGACACCCCUGCUCUACUAGGACUAACCCACGAAGCCCUUUUGUGAACCGAGUGCUUUCUGUCCAGUUAUUUUGUUCUGCUCAUAGAACAAAAUAACUGGUUGUGGAUCAGAGGUUAAAUGAGGAGGGUCUCCACUGGAAAAGCCUGGAAGCCAUAGUCUUCUACCUGCAUCUUUAUUGAUAUGUGCUGAGCUGUCAAAGCCCAUGAUGAAGCCUGCAGAGGAGGUCGUCUGUGUCCUUUGGCAACAUUAGUGCUUUCAAAAUAACAUAAGUUGACACGAGGUAUGUGCUCAUUUCUUUCAUGCAUGUGAGUGUGCACGCAUGCCACAACUGCCUGAGGAGCUGACGUCUCGGCUCUCGUCGUAAGAGGAUGAAGUGUCUGUCAUGCUAGCGUAAAGGCAUGCCGUUUGAGCCUGAAGCUCUGGCCCCGUCCAUCAGCGUGAUGAGAUGUUCUCUCCUGAACACAGUCGACCUGUCAGGGCGCAGGGACGUGGACGUGACUGGUCCUCGAGCAGCAGCUAUGUGAAUUUUCAUCUGUAGCUUCAUGGUGGCAGCUCCCAUCUUUGGUUACCUGGGCGACCGCUUCAACAGAAAGGUCAUCCUGAGCUGUGGCAUUUUCUUCUGGUCCAUUGUUACCCUGUUAAGCUCCUUCAUCAGUAAAGAGUACUUCUGGCUGUUUGUGCUCUCCAGAGGACUCGUGGGCAUCGGAGAAUCCAGCUACUCCUCCAUCUCUCCCACCAUCAUAGGAGACCUCUUUACUAGUAACACCCGCACCAUGAUGCUCUCUGUCUUCUACCUGGCCAUCCCCCUGGGAAGCGGGCUGGGCUACAUCCUGGGCUCCAGCGCCAAGGAGGCUGCAGGAGACUGGCACUGGGCACUAAGGGUGUCCCCAAUUUUAGGCAUCACUGCAGGCUUUCUCAUCCUGCUCUUUGUCCCUGACCCAAAGAGAGGGAGUGCCGAUCAGCUGGGAGGUCGCAUCAGGAGCCGCACCUCCUGGUUGUGUGACAUGAAAGCGCUCGCCAAGAAUCGGAGCUAUGUGUUCUCCUCCUUGGCUUCGGCAGCAGUCUCCUUUGCCACGGGUGCGUUUGGUAUAUGGAUUCCUGGCUACCUGUUUAGAGCCCGGGUGGUGCAGAAGACGGCAGAGGCUUGCACAAAAGAGAUUUGCAGUAGCACAGACAGCAUGGUGUUUGGGGCCAUCACAUGUGUGACGGGGCUGUUAGGCGUGGUCAUCGGGGCUCUCACCACACGCCUGUGUCGCCAGAAGACAGAACGAGCCGACCCUCUCGUGUGCGCCGUCAGCAUGCUGGGCUCGGCCAUCUUCAUCUGCCUCAUCUUCGUGGUGGCCAAGAAGAGCAUCAUUGGAGCUUACGUUUGUAUCUUUAUUGGAGAGACGCUGCUUUUCCUCAACUGGGCCAUAACAGCAGACAUCUUAAUGUUUGUUGUUAUACCCACGCGGAGAGCAACAGCUGUCGCGUUUCAGAGCUUCACCUCUCAUCUCCUGGGUGAUGCAGGAAGUCCAUACCUGAUAGGCCUGAUCUCCGACGCCCUUCAGCAGAAGUACACUACAUCAGCACUGUGGCGGUUCCUGAGUUUGGGCUAUGCCCUCAUGCUUUGCCCCUUCAUCAUCGUCCUGGGGGGCAUGUUUUUCCUGGCUACUGCGCUCUAUUUCCUGGAUGACAAAGAUAAAGCCGAGGCCCAGUGUAACCAGGCAACACAGCCCCCGUCUUCAGUCAAGGUGACGAGCAAAUGAGGAGCUACCUGAACGCACAACCACACCCGACAAAGGAUGACUAGACGGCGAUAAAAAGAAAGGCUUCUUUAUGCUCCCAGUCAUCCUCCCCCACGAUCAUCAUCAUCCUCCUCCUCCUCCUCCUCUUGGCUCCUGCUGCUCUCUGUUUUUUGCAGUCUCGCUGAGGUGACUCGGAACUGGAAAGAGGGAGCGUCUUGCCCCUCCAUCUAAACCACAGCCCAGUGAGAAGGUGCUCAAGCCACCCUCCAGUUAGAUCGUGUCCUCCUCGCCUCUGUCUGUGAGGAUCCGCUGAACUUUUGAAGGAUAAGGUGCAGGCAAAGUCCCCUGUAAGCCCUCCUGAUGCUAAACUACUGAAUGCUGACCACGAACCUGCCCUGUCUGUCUGCCUGUCUGUCUCUUAUCGGCUGUCGAUCCGCAACAAGUGCCAUAGCAUCAUUACAUUCCUUCAGAUUUGCACUGACCGCCAACAGCCCUUGUGAAUUCAUCACUAGCUUUGUUUACAUGCAUUCGUCAAAGCCACGCAUGCUCUGCUGAAGCUAAAGCAGCCUCAUCGGUUUCUCUGUGGCGCCCUCGCACGCUGGCUUUCUGUGCUUGAAGCCUGUAAACAGACGAGAUGCCAGGAGCCAGUGAUGCAACCGCAGGGAAACGCAGCAGCGGUGCAGGUGUUGUUUAUCUCUUCAAACAAGCCUCCGAUAAUGCGACUAAUGUCGCAUUACUCAUCACAGUCUCACCGCAGUAACAGCAGAAACGUGAAAUUCAGUGUUUACACUAUAAAUCCAGUAUUUUCACAGUGAAAGUUUUGCCGUGCAUGUAAACAAGCUAGAGCCAAAAAUGUGUUGCUUUGGAAAAGGUCAGUGAACAAGCCUUAAAGUCGGAGCUUUCACACCUGCAGAUGUUUUCUUUGAGCCCCGUGUGCGUUUCCACACGUUAUGUUCGGAUUGUGUUUGUCUGUGUCGUUUUCUGUUUAUGUCGGAUUUGAAACUGGAGGUUACUGCCUAUGAUUGUUUCCUAACCGUGAUGAUGCAGUCUGGGCAAUUUAAAGUGGACACUGGAUAUGUAUAGUUUAUAUAAUUUAUAUUUAUAAUUUAUUAUAUUCAUGCUUUUUCCAAAAGUAAAUGUCAUUUUUAUGUACACGAGAAGCAAUACUAAAAACAUUUAGAAGAAACCAACCUUUUUGUUUCACACUGCCUUAUCAGUGAGCUUGGUUUCCCUUUAAAGAGGUCGCUCUCUGAUGGUUGGUUUUGAAUUUCUGGACACACCGCCCACCCACACAGGAACCGAGUCGCUCUUAAUGGUGGAUCGCAGUCCAAUCAUCAGCGGUUACAAUAACAGGCAUUGUGAAAAGAGGCCCUUCCCCUCCAAUUGCAGAUAUCCCAUUGCAUGAUUAGAAGAAAGGACCUUUGGAAAGAGCUGGAGAUGCAGUCAUCAGUUUAUUAGCGAGGGGAAUCAAAAUCCCAGACAGGAACAGGAAAUGCGAGCUCUUAUCGUUGGAAACUGAUGAAUGAGGAAUCCCCCUAAAGAGCUGAAAGAGCUUUAUUUCUGCCUGUCGUUUCCAUGGAUACCGGUACACAUCUCUCACGAAAAAAACAAAACAAAAAGUGUCAGUGAGGAAAGCUAUAGCGUGUAGCUUGUACAUAAUUAAUACAAGCUAUCGUGAAGGGUUGCUUUUGGUGAAUGUGAUUAUUCUGAAACCUCAGAGCCACUAAUGGAAUCACAGGUUUCACAGGAAAGAUGCACUUUGCAGACCUCGAAGGCACCACAGAAGGCAGAGGAUGCACUGACCUGAGCUGAGGAGUAAAAGGAGACUCCGAGUUGUUCUUGUAGCAUUGAUGUGUGAGCAUGACUCACUGGCUGUGUGGGGGUGCUGUGUGGGCUGUGUCCUUGCUGCCAGAUCAUUAGCUUUAGCUUCUUCCUCCAACUGCGUGGAGCUCUCUGAAUGUGAUUCUGUCCCACCCGAUGUGUUUACACCACCCUCAUCUUCUUAACGAACUAAGCUUCUUACCUUCCAUUUAUUGAUCUUGUUUUCCUUUGUAAUGUUAUCAGAGGACUUUUUGAAUACCUACAGUAGAGAUAUAUAUAUAAAGCUAUAUCAUGCAGCGAUUUUAAUAUAUUGUAAAUGAUGGCUUGGAUGCAAUGUAUUUAUUUGUUUGUUACAUAUUGAAGAAUAUUCUAUAAAGGGAAAUUUAAGGCUUCAGUAUACUAGACUUAGCUAUUGUGUCACUGGGUUGGAAACCUGUCAUACUGACACAACACACGCCCCUUUUGCAUUAGCUGGAUUACGAUUGGACAUCUCCCACGUGUAGACACACAAAUAAAUGCAAUGGGUUGUUUUUAAGACACAUUAGUCUCAUUGUAAGGAUGCAAUUUAUAUUAAGCUCAUUUAUGUGUUUUUAUUUUUUGUUUUUGUUGGUAUAUUUCUAGAUUUAAAACCAUUUUUGCACAUUUAAUGAUCAGGGAUUUCUUUGAGCCACAGCCUCGCACCAUCGACGGCCCGGCCUCUCAGCGCUGGCAUGUCGUCAUCUGUCAUCAGUAGGAACUUUGGCUCUGAUCAGACGAGCCAUGAACCGAGUUUCACUUUGCCAAAAUUCAUUUGAUUUAGCACCAGUCCGUCCUUUAGUCUGUUGUAAAUGUAUGUUAACAAUCACUGAAGUGAUGUCUCGAGGAAAUGCUUCUUGUCAUACAAGAGUCUUGUAUAAAUAAACUCAUGUUGAGCAGAAGAGAAAAAACAAAAAACAGAAGUUAUUUUUAUUUUUAGAGGUCAGUACACGUGAAGUGUCCGAGAAGUCAGAGGGUAUUCUUUUAGAACUGAAAUGUGAUGCUCCUGUGGGUGGAUUGAUGGAAAAAUGUACAGGUCUGUAAAUCAAAUAAACCUAUUCACACACAC